AUGCUCCGUCGCAUCGAACUCGAUUCCACUCUGAAUCAGGACCAUGGCCCACCGUGCAGCAUGCUCAAGCACGGCAACUUCUUGAUCGACAUCUGCCAUGCUUUUGGCGACAUGAUACAAUUCCCAUACAGCAUCAUGCACCGCAACUUGACUGAACUUCACAUGCGGCAUCGUAGGCUCCCAUCCUCCGAUGCAGGUAUUCGAUACGAAGUCAUUGACAGUCUCUUGCAGCAUUUCCAAGACUUGAAGACAGUCUAG